AUGUCAAGUGAUACCAAGAUAGAUAGACAUGGCUUUAUUUCUUCAACCUCACCUCACAGCUCUCCAGAAACAGUAACCCGAGAUAAUGCACGAAUACAAAAAUGACAAGACAUGCUAACUAGAUGGGACUACAAUAUAAAACGUCGUAGAGCUUUUCUUAAGAAAAGAAUCCGCAAAGGGAUCCCAGACUGUCUUCGAGGAGUUGUCUGAACAAAACUUGCGAAUAUUCAGACUAUAAAAAAUGAGUACACUGAAAAUUAUUAUAAAAAUCUAACGGAGCUAGAUUCGAAUACAGUAAGCAUCCAAGAUAUAACUAGGGACUAUUAUAGGACUUUUUCUGGACACGUCCUUUUUAGAGAUCAUGGUCUAUGCCAAGAUUCUCUAUAUAUACCAUUUAUAUUAGCUGAAUCUUAAAUUUUAGUCUGCACUAUAAGCUAAAAUUCUUAUUAAAUAUAAUAGAAUUUUAAAAGCUUUUUCUCUACACGACCCUGAUCUAGGGUAUUGCCAAGGAAUGGGAGUCCUAGCAGCUACAUUUUUAAUGUAUAUGUCUGAAGAAGACUCAUUUUGAAUGAUCGUUUCUUUGAUGAGAAAUUAUGAUAUAAGAGAUUAUUAUUUGCCAGGAAUGCCUGGAAUUUAUAAAGCUUUUUAUCAGAUCAAUGGAGUUUUCCGACAAGUUUUGCCAGACCUGUGGGAUCAUUUUAUGGAAAUAAGCGUGUAUCCGUCAAUGUUCGCUCCAGGGUGGAUGAUGACGCUGUAUAUGAGCUAUUUUAAGUUUGAGAUUUCUUUGAGAAUUUUUGACAUCUUUUUAAAUGAAGGAAAAAAGAUUUUGUUCAAAGUUUAUAUAGCAUUAUUUAAAAAAUCAAAAAAAGAGUAAGCGGAAAUUUUAAUAAAAUUAUUCUUGCUCAAAUCCAGAUUCUUGAAGUCUUAGCUUGAUUGGCAGCUCUAAAUAAGGCAGGUAAGACUGGCCUAACCGUCAAAUGUCAUGCCCCUAAGUCUCUUAGGACCUCUACUAGCCAGUCUCAGUAUAGAUCAUUUCUCUUGAUGCCAAAACUCUCAAGAAGGCAUAAACUUCUCUCACUGAGUUCGGCCAGGACCAAUAUACCUGUUCCUAAUCCCUUAAAAAUUGUUAGAAAAGAGUUAAUAAGCAUGCCGUGUGAUGUUUUAUUGGAAAAAAUUCCAAAUCUCCAUGAAGAUUUUACAGCAGAUUCUCUGAUUCAGUCAUCACUGAAAUUUACUUUAAAGAAGAAAAAAUUACAGUUGUUCGAAAAGGAGUAUGAAACAAAUCCAUCUCCAGAACUUAAAAAUUGGUAG